AUGGACCAAAAGGGCCUUCAGAAGCUAUUGAAGCUUUCGACCAGCUUGCAUACCGACGAAGCUGCAGCGUCGUCAGAUGCCGCAACAUCUCGGCCAAAGCUGGACGCUGCGAUGCUCAAUCACAUCAUGGGCCCGGAUGAUGCUACCUUGAUGAUGCAGGCUAUGCAGGCCAUCGAAGACAAUUCCAUGUCGCGCGACAACCAUGAAAUUGCUUUUGAGAAUCUUGAAGGUCUGGUGGAACAAAUCGACAACGCCAAGAACUUGCAAAGUCUUGGCCUGUGGCCGCCGAUUUUGAAGCAGCUCGACAAGUCGGAUGCUUUUUACCGCAAGAAUGGUUGUGCUGUGAUUGCAGCGGCCUGUCAGAACAACCCAGCGACGCAAGAGGCAUUUGUCAAGGCCAAUGGCCUCGAAAGAGUUGUCGACCUCUUCUCCAACGAAACAGACGUCUCUGUGCGGCGUAAAGCGCUUUUUGCCAUAACAAGCACGCUGCGGAAUAGUGAUGUCGCGUUGCAAAGGUUCGCUUCAAUCGGUGGUUGGCAGGUCUUCUCAGCUCAGCUGGAGGGAAUACAAGACUUGGCGCUGCAGAAGCGGUUGGUGUUCUUCCUGCAAUCCCUCUACUUUACAGGAGAGAGCCUUGGCGUUGACACCGAAAUAAAGAUGGGAUUUAUGCCCAAGCUGCAGGCCCUGACGGCUUCGCGGGAGGCGCAAGAAGACGAAGAUUUCAAAGAGAAGCUGCAGGAUACAAUUGAGACCGCGCAAAAGUGGCGCGCCGAAAGUUCUUGA